AUGGCACUUUUUGAUGGCAAAUCAUUAUUGCCGAUAUCAUUAUCAUUGUUAUCAGCGGCGCUAUUAUUAUCACUGAUAUGCAAUACGGAUGCGAGAGUUGCGGAUACAUCGUUGAAGUCGGUAGGUGCUCAGAAUGGGAAUGGAGCAUCUGAACCGAAAUGUGAAUUCAUGCAAGGAGAAACGGCUAACUGUGAAGCGUGUAUCUUUAAGGGACCUGUACGUGCGAUUCAGUUGUUUUUGAUUUUGAUUUGA